UCGAGAUGUCCUGCCUGUGUCCUCUUGGGGAAAGUUCGUUUUAAGAGAGAUUUUCAGUUUCCCUGGUAAGGCAGGUCACUUGUCCCAAUCAGGUACGAUUCUGCCCUCCGCACCCCCUGGGGUCCCCUCAUUGUAAAACGGCAGAUGGCCUAGCCCAGAGGAGACGCUGAGAGAGAAAGGAGGGCCGCGCACGCAUGCGCAGAGGUGCAGCGUGGGGGCGGGAGUGGUCGACCCCUUCCCCGCGCCCGUGAAGAUUGUUCCUAGGAAGAACUCUGGGUACAAUAAUGAAUGCAAUGUGCGGGAUGAUGGCUCAAAUCUUAAGAUCUCAUCUGAUAAAUGCCUCAGUGAUCCCUAGUCGAGUGAAAAUGCUUCCAUAUCUUGGCAUCAUUAGAAAUAGAAUGAUGUUGACCUAUAAAUCCAAAAAGGAGAUCAAAGAAUAUUAUAGGCUGCUGAAUCUGAAUGAAGGAUGCUCUGCAGAUGAUGUCAGGGAGUCUUUUCGUAAGUUGGCCAAGCAAUACCAUCCAGACAGUGGCUCUAAUAACGCUGAUUCUGCAACAUUUAUAAGGAUCGAAGAAGCUUAUAGAAGGGUGCUUUCCUCCGUGAUAGAACAAACAAAUGCCAGACAGAGUAAAGUUGAAGCAGAAGAAGAAGAAGAAAAGUUCAAAUAUAAAACACCCCAACACCGGCAUUAUUUAAGUUUUGAAGGUAUUGGUUUUGGGACUCCAAGUCAACGAGAGAAGCAAUAUAGGCAAUUUAGGGCAGACCGUGCAACAGAGCAAGUGAUGGAAUAUCAAAAGCAGAAACUACACAGCCAGUAUUUCACUGAUAGUCUAACUGUUAAAGAUGUAAAACAGAGCAAAGAACAAAAGAUAACUCAAGCAAUAGAGCGUUUAGUGGAGGACCUCAUUCAGGAAUCAAUGGCAAAAGGAGACUUUGACAAUCUCAGUGGGAAAGGAAAACCUCUAAAAAAGUUUUCUGGCUGUUCAUAUAUUGAUCCCAUGACUCACAACCUGAACAGAAUAUUGAUAGAUAAUGGAUACCAACCAGAAUGGAUUCUAAUGCAAAAGGAAAUAAAGGAUACUAUUGAGCAACUCAGAGAGGCAAUUUUAGUGUCUAGGAAAAAACUUGGGAAUCCAAUGACACCAACUGAACAGAAACAGUGGAAACAAGUUUGUGAGCAGUUUCAGGAAAACAUCAGAAAACUAAACAAGCGAAUUAAUGAUUUUAAUUUAAUUGUUCCCAUCCUGACCAGGCAAAAAGUCCAUUUUGAUGCACAGAAAGAAAUUAUCAGAGCCCAGAAAAUAUAUGAAACUCUUAUAGAAACAAAAGAAGUCACAGAUAAAAACCCAAAUAACAUUGAUCAAGGUGAAGGAGAGGAAACACCUGGAGUCAAGACAGGUUUUUUUAACUGGAUGAAUCUGUGGAAGUUUAUUAAAAUAUGACCAUUUUGGUGUUCUGUAUCACAGUGCUGCCCCAAAUCCUUUUCAGUGGAACUGUCAUCAAACAUAGAGACAGAGAUUUAGUGCUAUUCCAUCAGAAUUUGAGAACUGUGAGUCUUUGUUUUUUUACAAAAUUAAUCACAUCCCUGCAUGUGUAACUGAGGAAGCUUUAAGAAACAGAGAAAUUUUCAGUCAGCUUUGCCCUGAGGUUAUAGCAAGAAAAUAAGAGGACUUCUAAAGAAAACAUUCCAUUUCAGAGUUUAAAUGUCAGUCAUCAGGUGAAAUGAGCUAGAACUAGGACUCAGAUGUGGGAAUCGUAUAGGGUAUUCUACAAGUCUUAGCACAGUUUUAAGCUCUAAGAAGUUAAAAGCAAUUGCUGUUUGCUAUUUUCAAGCACAGGUACUUAAGUAGCAAUAGCAAAACCUGAAAAUGUGUUGUCAAAAGUCACAAAACUGAAGAAGUAUAAUGAAGUUUAACAGACUAAACCUCCGAAUGAUCUAUGUUUUUUGAAAGUUUGCCGCAUUUGCACACCUGAACUUACUAAAGCUCAAAACUAGUCUAAGACUUUUGGGACACCCUCUAUGGGUGGGAAAAUGUUGAGAUCAGUAAAUUAGCCUAAUGGAGUUACUGCACUCUCCUUAUAAUAGCCUCUCUGUGGAUACUGAAUGAUAAAACCAAACAUCUAGGUUGUCCUUUUUCCUGUCUUCAUGAUCCAUUGGCUGCAGACGUCAAUCAGUCAAGCUAGUUGAUAAGCAAUUGUAGAAAUGACUUCAGUGUGCACUUUUAAAGAGUUUGAAUGUGUUUUCUGACCUUUCGGAGGUGAUAAAAAUCCUUGGGCACAAUGGAAAUGUAAGGUUUUACGUGUAGCUUCAUCUCUAAUCAGAGAUUAAAAUGUUAGGUUUCCAUAAGUCUAUGUCAAGCCUCCCUAUGUCUUAUAUCAGACUCUCUAGAGACUUUUCAAACCCUUGACCUUGGUGUUAUAACACUGAGCUCUAACCAACUGAGCUAAAUGGACAGCCUCCCAGAAGUUUUUCAGUAAGUAAUAGGAAAAUCCUAACUUACUGUAGGGACCUAAACCCAAUUUCCUGUCUUAGGGACCCUUUAAUAAAAAAAGACAAAAUGUCUGAGUUUUGUGCAUUUGCAUGUUUGGCAAACAAUAAGAGGUUGACUUUUUUUUUUUUUUGACUGAUAAGGGGAUCGCAACCCUUGGCACAGUGUUGUCUGCACCACGCUCAGCCAGUGAGCGCACCGGCCAUCCCCAUAUAGGAUCCGAACCUGCGGCCUCGGUACUACCAGCGCCACACUCUCCCGAGUGAGCCGUGGGGCCGGCCCUAAGAGGUUGACUUUCAUGAGAUUAUUGUGUCCCAUCCACUUCAGAAAAUUGGACUUUUUUAGGUUUGGAAAAUUGCUUUUGCCAUAGAAUUGGGCAACUAGAAAGAUGGGGAGGGUAGUCAAAGGAGCCAGUGUGUUUCCUUCUUUAAACCAGAGCACUGUGUUGUAGAUGGUGUUAAACCGUGCUGCUCGCCACUUUGAUUUUGGAAGACCAAGUUAUUUUGUAAAGGGUGUGAUGGUUAAAACAACCACUAAACUAUGUCUUGAAAAGGAAAUUUGGCGGAGGCCGGCCUGUGGCUCACUCGGUAGAGUGCGGUGCUGAUAACACCAAGGCCACGGGUUCGGAUCCUAUAUAGGGAUGGCCGGUGGUUUGCUCACUGGCUGAGCGUGGUGCUGAAAAGGAAAUUUGGGGCCUUUCUGCUUAGAUGACAGGGCAUUAAUUGGCUUAAUGCAUGAUUAUUUUAUUGAGUGAGUUAUCAUUUGGCUUCUACAGUGAUAGUAUUUAUUAUAAACAAUUGUGUGGAGCUGCAAUAUAGACUUAUAAUAAAAGCUAUAGUUCUAAAAACAUUUUAGAAGGCUGUAAUUCUGUGAAUCUUGUUAAAAUGGGAAUUGUUUUUUAAUAGAAAUGUAUUGAUUAUUCAUAUUUGUGGGGUACAGAGUUACAUUUCAGUACAUGUAUACAACGUGUGAUGAUCAAAUCAGGGUAAUUAGCAUAUUCAUAAUCACAAAACAAUGUAAGAAGGCUAAAUGCAAUGCAGCAACAUAUAUGAAUGAAACCAUUUUCAAUAUUAAACAAUGAGAAGGUAAAAUUAUCAGAAAACUCCACUAAAUUUUAGUUUAAGCA